AAUUUAACAUUGGCAGUCGAAGUCUCUUUCGCAUUUCUUUGUUUCACGCUGAAGCUCGCAAAUGAACUUACCCUAAAAUUUCUCUAAAUGUCAUCUUCUCCACUCAGAGUCUUCUCAGUUAACCCUCCAUGAUGAAUUGAUGGUAUCAGGUAAGUUGAAACCCUAGGAAUUCCCUAAUUUCCGCCUCUCUCUCUCUCUCUCUCUCUCUGUUGUUCUCCUUCAAUCAAUCAGGUGAUCUUUUGUUCGUAGAAGGAAUCUAAAAAUGGAAAACAGCAUACUUGAAUCAAUCGGUGUUGAAAUCAUAGGUGUAAUGUCUCCUGUAUCGAUCUGUAUGUUCUUAGUAGUAUUAUUAGUUUAUGUCGUUUCUCCAAAUACUCCAAACUCAGUUGUUAUACAAACUGCAGCAAAUUUAGUUUACUUAGAAACCCCAACUGAUACUACUACCCAAAAAAUCGAAGGAUCUUUACUUAAUGCACUUGUUUUCGUUAUCCUUAUAACUCUUGUUACUUUCCUUAUGGUUCUUCUUUACUACUACAAUUUCACUAAUUUCUUGAAAUAUUACAUGAGAUUCUCUACUUUCAUUGUCUUAGGAUCAAUGGGUGGAUCCAUUUUUCUGUCUAUAAUACAGCAUUUCUCGAUACCCAUUGAUUCAGUUACUUGUAUGAUUCUGUUAUUCAACUUCACCAUAGUAGGGGCAUUAUCUGGUUUUUCUCAAGGAAUUCCUAUAUUUUUGAGACAAGGGUAUAUGGUACUCUUAGGGAUAAUUGUUGCUGCUUGGUUUACGAAAUUACCUGAAUGGACAACAUGGAUUUUACUUGUCGCGUUGGCUUUGUAUGAUUUGGUUGCUGUUUCAGCUCCUGGAGGACCAUUGAAACUAUUGGUAGAAUUAGCUCAAAGCAGAGAAGAGGAACUUCCUGCUCUGAUUUAUGAAUCAAGGCCGACUAUAAAUCAAGUUAACGGUCGAGGAGGAUCAUUGGGUCUUUUGGUCGCUGGAGCUACUACUUCUAGUUCAGUUGAACUUCAACCAGUCACCCACAGUAAUGAAGGUAAUCAAGUUAGGGUUUCACCUGAGAAUUAUAGUGCUUCUGAUUACUCUACUGGCGAGGUUGGAAAUGUACCAGCUAAUGUGAGAGAGGAUGAAGAGACAUCUCCGCUGGUCGGUAGUUUCAGGGAGAGACAGUCAACAAGUAGUGCAAGUAAUGACUUUUCGACGGUAGAUGUUGAGCAUUUACGUGCUAGGAAUUUAGAGAACAGAGAUGGUGAGAUUUCUGAAGAGGCUUCCCCACUUGUUGAUCUUAUUCGUUUUGAAAAUGAGAGAGAAGAAAGGAGGAAUGUGAUUGGUAGCGGUGCUGAGUCAGAGAGCAUUUUGACAGCAACAGCAGGUAUAAAGUUAGGGCUUGGGGACUUCAUUUUCUACAGUGUUCUUGUGGGUAGAGCUGCAAUGUAUGACCUAAUGACAGUUUAUGCUUGUUAUCUCGGUAUCAUAUCUGGUCUCGGUUGCACUCUUAUGUUGUUGUCUGUGUGUCGAAAAGCUUUACCUGCUCUGCCAAUUUCUAUCAGUUUGGGAAUCAUUUUCUACUUCUGCACCAGGUUGAUAAUGGAACCUUCCGUAGUUGGGACUUCCACUAAUUUGAUGAUGUUCUAAUUUUACUGUUUCUGUUUCUUUUAUAUAUUCUAAUGCAGUAUAGAAAAUAUGAUUGUCCUUCAAGAGAGUUCUAUGACAUACUCGCAUACUCUUUUAGCCAAAUGAUUUCUGUUCUCGAUUAAGGAAGUGUUGUUCUGAAUGUUUGUUUCCUUUUGUUAGUGAAUUUUAUUGCAGUAAAAAGGAGGAAAUUUCGUUUCCUUAGAUAUGAA